UUUCGGAGUUCCUGACUAAAUGGAUCUCCAAACAAUGAAGAGUUCCACUAAAGGGUUGUUACCGCGAUUACAAAACCAUGACCGCGGCUGCCGAAUUUGCCACCUGGUCAAGCCUUCUCCUUGUUGCUUUGUCGAGUAGUGGCAUUGCAUUGUACAUCAACAAUGUCCAGAAAACUCCAUAUAUGGAUGAGGUUUUUCAUGUUCCUCAAGUGCAGCAAUAUUGUAGUGGCAAUUUUAGUUCGUGGGAUCCCAUGAUAACAACAUUACCUGGUACAUACCUGGCCAGUGUAGGAGUCCUGUACCCAAUCUCAAUGGUAACACAGCAGCUCCUGGUGGAUAUGUGUACCACAAGUAUCCUUCGUGGUAUCAAUAUCCUGUUUACCACAGCCAACUGUUACCUGUUAUUGUGUAUCUACACUACUCUCCAUCCCCAGGUAACUCCAUGGAGAGCUGCUGCCAUAGCUACGACCUUGACAGUGUUUCCUGUGAUGUAUUUCUUCACCUUCCUCUACUACACAGACCCUGGAUCCAUAUUCUUUGUGCUGAUGAUGUAUUACUUCCACCUUCAGGGAUACAAACUGCUGGCAGCAAUGAUGGGUGUGGUGGCCAUAGUGUUUCGCCAAACUAACAUUAUAUGGGUGGUGUUUGUGGCUGGAUUGUCAACUCAAACUUGUAUCAUGGACUGGAUGAAAAUGGAGAAGAAGCCUUUGAAAUCUCAUGAUGGAAAUGAUUUAAGAAUUCUGAAGAGAUUUAUCAGUUUAGUUUGGGCCAAUUUGAGGAAACCAUCCCUGAUUUUGGAGUUACUACUCAAUAUCCUUAUAUCAACCUUUUGGUACAUAUGUGUUGGAGCUGGAUUCCUGUCAUUUAUUCGCCUUAAUGAUGGUAUUGUAGUUGGAGACAAGAGUCAUCAUCAAGCCUGCCUCAACUUCCCUCAGAUCUUCUACUUUUUGUCAGUUGCUCUUGUCUUUGCAGCCCCUCACAUGAUCUCUGUCCCAAAGAUUUUAAAUUUCAUCAAGUUUUCAAUUAAGAAUUUCAUACUGGUUUUGGCGUUUUGUUCUAUGUCUUUCAUCCUCAUCUAUAAAUUCACGUAUGUGCACAAGUACUUGUUAGCAGACAAUAGGCACUAUGUAUUCUAUGUGUGGUCCAAAAUCUUCCGACGUCAUGAAUAUGUCAAGUUUGCUUUAAUCCCUGUGUAUUACUAUGCAGCAUGGCAAGUCCAUGAGUGUCUGAAACAUAAGAAUGUUUUCUGGAAGUGCGUCUACCUAAUUUGCCUACUUGCAUGUACAGUGCCACAAAAGUUAAUGGAGUUUAGAUAUUUUAUAAUUCCAUAUUUAAUUCUGAGACUUAAUAUGAUUCAUGAAUCACUCGUUCAUACAGUGUUGGAGUUCAUUCUGUAUGCCUUAAUCAAUUCAGGCACCAUAUAUAUAUUUGGAGAAAAAACCUUCACAUGGGAAAACUCCAGUGAUGUACAGAGAUUCAUGUGGUGAAUAAAUAAUACACAACCAAAAGGA